AUGAACCAGUUCUCUUCGUUCUCAAGUUUCAACCCGGAUUACUCCAAUUUGGGAUCCACACAAUCAUUCAGAGCCAAAUGGGAGUUGCUCAGGCCGUCAAGGGAGUUUUUGGACUUGAAAAGAGUUACUAAACCAACAUCAUUACUGGAUUUACAAUCCCGGCUUACUUUCAAUUUGAGAUAUUUUUACUACAAUUACGUUCUGAUUGCAUUGGUAUUUGGAGUUUACUUCUUACUGCAGAAUCUCUUGCUACUCUUAUUGGUGGUUUUCAUUCUCUCAGCUGUGUUUGGAAUAUCAAGAAUUCAGCAAGACGAAGUAGAUUUGAUCGCGUUUAGGGUAAAUGUGAGCCACCUUUACGGUUUUGUGGCAAUUGUUUCAAUUAUUUUGGUCUUCAUCUCAUCUCCAGUUGGCACAGUCUUGUCUUGGGCGACCGUUAGUGGUAUCACUAUAUUCCUUCACGGCUCUUUCCUCGAUAAACCCAUCCAGAGUGAAGUGUAA